GUCGAAUUUCAAGAUAUAAACAUCAAUCCCCUCCAUUGGAACUCUAUAAAUAUCUAUACUACUUCCGCGCCAUCGAGGCAACUAAACUCUCGGAGCCGGGUGGGCUGUGGUCCACAAACCCGAACUUCUUAUACAAGGGAGCUCCAGCCUUACUAGCAUCCAGAUAUGCGGCGGCGCCUUCACGAUCGGCCAAAUCACAUCCCCAUUGGACAAGCAUGGAACCUGCACCUCGCUUCCUGUAGUCAGGGUGCGUACCCAGCAUGUCAAGAUCUAAUACCGGGGAUUAGCACUCAAUACGCUAGAAAAAGUAAAACGGAUGUAGCGUGAAUGUCCUACAAUAAUGCUUCAGAUCCCCCAUGAUCCGAAUGCGAUUUUGAUCGACCCCGCUAAAGAAGGCCUCACAUUCAUCCGCAGGCUGGUCUUCAUGCCAAGGUGGAUAGCGACGCCCCCGAUCGGAAAGGGUGGACAAGUCCCAUUUGGCAUACGCAACCAUCCGCGGUCGGCCUUGCUCGUCGGUGGCCUCGGUGUCGACCACUUUAAGAUACUUCUGGAAUGGCUUAUUGAUCAUAUCAUCGUGAUUCGCCUUGAUCCACCAUUGACGGAAUCCGGGCGUGUCGGGGAACAAGUGUCGCAUGUCAGGGUCUGUGAAGGCCGCAAACCACAGCUCCGCAAUAGCGGGGGCAUCUUCGAGAGUGGCUGGCUCGAGCUUGAGAGUCCCCGCGCUCGCCAUACGAGGUGGUCGCGAGUAGAAUGUGGACGAAAUAGCACCGAAAGGCCCCAGUUAUACCCCUCCGGACUUGUCGACUAAUGCGAGCGUUUGUUCGGUCUUACUGUGGCGCCCAAACAAAGUCGACCAAUCAGAUCUGAAAUCCCACGAGAUGCAACGCUAUGGUGGUAUGGUCCAAACAUGAGCUGAAAAUAAGCUUGUGUACGAUUUUCAUUUCGGGAAGUUGCUUUCAAAUACCUCGAAAGGUUAGUGUUAUCAAGCGAAUCACAAUCACUUGUCUACCGAUUUGUCGAUCUCACUGUGCUGGGGCCUAAUGGACUAGCUGGGGGCCUGAUGGACUAGCUGCCUGGUACAUUCCAAGACUUGCCCCCUCAUCGCGGGGUUUCGCAUGACAAACGAGCAACUCAUCAUGUUUCAAGACUUUGAGACGUUCUGCCAGCUUCCUUUACACUAUAUUAUCGUGGGAGGCGGUACUGCAGGGUUAGCAGUCGCAGCCCGUCUCAGUGAAGACCCCGAAGUAAAUGUGGGGGUGAUCGAAGCUGGCCCUUCAGCACUAGAUGGGAAGGAUGGCGGUGCGAUUACAGUGCCAGGUCGCUAUGGCGAGACUAUCGGAUCCAAGUAUGACUGGCAGUUCGAAACCACUCCUCAGCCAGGCCUUGGAGGGCGGUCGCUCAAGUGGCCUCGAGGGCGAGUUUUGGGCGGUACCAGUGCACUAAAUUUCAUGGCUUGGAAUCGUGGCCAUCGCGGAGACUAUGAUGCAUGGGCCCGGCUAGGGAACCAAGGCUGGGGAUGGGAUGAUCUACUUCCGUAUUUUCUACGAAGCGAGACCUUCCACCAACCCAGUGCUGCACAUCAAGAGUACUAUCACUCUUCCUACGACGAUGAAUUCAACGGGACCACUGGGCCUCUUCAUACGACACAUAUCAAACAGUACGGACCAGCACAUCAGUACUGGCAUGCUGCGCUUAAAGAAUUGGGGGUGGCUUCCAAUCACGACUCGCUCGCUGGCUCGAAUUGCGGAGUCUGGAACAUGGUGUGCACGAUAGACCCUCAUCGGCAGGAGCGAAGUUACUCUGCAUUGGCUUACUUUGCGCCGGUCGCGACGAGGAAGAACUUACAUGUACUGACCGAUGCGACCGUGCUGAAUGUGCUGGUAGAAACCAUCAAUGGCGAGUGGCGUGCGACUGGCGUGAGAGUUCGAUAUGGCGACGAGGAGAAGGACCUCAAAACUGUCCGCGAGGUGAUCCUAUCCACAGGCAGUGUCCAGUCGCCACAAUUAUUAGAGCUCUCGGGUAUUGGCCAAAGAAAGGUGCUCGAAGCGGCCGGAAUCGAUGUAAAGAUCGAUAACUCGAACGUUGGAGAGAACCUGCAGGACCACAUGAUGACUGCAACUAUUUUUGAAGUUUUACCAACCCUCUCAUCUCGUGAUGACAUUUUCAACGACACUAUCUUGCGCGAGGCCGCCGACCGAGCUUACUACGCUUCACAAACCGGGCCAUGGACUGUGUUACCCUGUUCUGUCGCUUACUGCCCUCUAGCUCAAGUGGCAUCUCAUAACGAACAGGCCCAGUUGCAUAUAAUCGCGCAGAAUAUUGCCCGAGAAACGGGGCGAUCACAGGACGACCUUCUUGGUGAACAAUUCGAUUCAACGAAGAAAAUGCGAGGCCAGCUCGAGUACAUCUUUGAUCUAGGUAACUGGAGCACAUAUUUCGAGUCCGAACCGGGAAAAAAAUACGGAACUCUAUUGCAGAUGCUCCAGUAUCCAUUCUCUCGAGGCUCUAUUCACAUAUCUCCCCAGAAAGACCUGUCACGCAAAAGUACAGCUGGUGAUAAACCUGUCAUUGACCCUCGGUAUUAUCAAGGACCUGGAGAAAUUGACCGGCAAGUCAUGGUCCUAGGUCAACGAAUGGCUGAAAGGAUAUCUCAGACAGAGCCUCUCGCAAAAAUAAUACAGAAGCGGGUCUUCCCUCCCCUGAGUGAGAAUUCGACCUUAGAACAGAGUGUCCACGAGGAGUUUGUCUCGAAUUAUACCGUCACGGAUUGGCAUCCGGUUGGUACCUGUGCAAUGGGAGGAAGUGAAGGAGCAAAGACUGGGGUCGUUGAUGAGCGGCUACGGGUGUACGGAGUACGAGGGUUGCGCGUUAUAGACGCUAGCGUCAUGCCUCUACAGGUUGGCGCCCAUAUCCAGGCAACUGUGUAUGCUAUUGCAGAGAAAGGAGCCGCCAUGAUUCGAGAGGAUUGGUCUGGAUCUGUUUGAAGCGUCAUGCAUGUCGUCAAAAGAGUCAAUUCCCUGUCGAUCAAUACUUCUAGAAUCCAGCUGACCUGUUUAAGCAAGAGUCUCCUUGACUUGCUUGACAAAGUCUACUACCGUGUCUUUGAAACUGUGAUAUUUCACCCCAAGCUCUCGGGCAACCGUCUCCCCAUCAACGCCAUAAGAGGCAUGUGGCGUCUCCCCAGUCUUGUAGUUGCUCGUCACCGAUUCCUUCGCCCAGUCAAAACUCUCUUUCAUAAUAUCUGCUGCGUAUUCAUACGAGAAGGGCUCAGGAGACGCAGGGAUAAACCUCUUUCCACCAGCCUCAGAUCUUAGCAGGGCCUGAACGUGCACCUCGGCAAGAUCUCGAGCAUCGAUCCAAGCUGGCACACGGAUUCCGGGAAGGGGGUCAACGCCCGCAGCUACACUCCAAAGAAUCGCAUUGGACUCAUUCAGUUGAUCAACAUUGGGAACCGGGUGAACAACUGGACCAAAGACCAUCGGAGGGCAGAGAGCAACGAGGUCGAAUUGGGGCUUUUCAUUUUUGACGAAAUCCCAUGCAGCAAGCUCUGCGAACUUUUUGGAUCCGCGGUAUGCGACGACGGAGGUGGAUUUGGGGUCAAUUGCCGUUUCAUACGUGAGGGGGUUCCAGUGAGCACCGGUGUAGAUGAAACCGACAGAAGGGUUGCUGUCGAUAUCAACGACCGAUGCGAAAGAAGAUGUUAACACGAUACGCCGGACUUGACUCCCUGGUUUGGCUGAGGCGGACAGAAUAGACUUGACACCGUUUAUCGCAGGUAGGAUGAGUUCCUGCUCGUUGUUGGUGGUAUUAUAGAAGAACGGCUGCGAGGGUUGUCAGUGGAAUUGGACCAUCCUCUGAAGAGAUCAACCUUACACUGGCAACAUGAAUCACAGCAUCAAUGCCCUCCAUCGCGGCAUCGAAAACACCAAUGUUGGUAAAAUCCUCCACCACAACGAAAUCCAGUUUUGAGGCAUAUUGCGGACGAGCUGCCUUCAUUUGCUCCCCCUUUUUGGCCGAUCGCGUGGCACCACGGACUGAAAUGCCGCGAGCUAGGAGGUUGUCAACGACAUGGGCGCCAAUGAAGCCCGUGGAGCCGGUGACGAGGACAUGUCUGCUUUGGUUAGCUUCAACACAACUUGAUAGAAUGGAGGAUGCACCGUACGUGGGCUGCUGAUAUGACAUUUUGGGAGUGCCUAGGGUGUGUCGAGCCGGAGAGUUGAAUCGUCGAGAGCUCGAAUAGCCCCGCGUGGGGUGGGCAUGGGGGUAAAUAUCAACUCGGAAUAACUCCGACCACGGAAUGAUGAGCGAGAUAAAGAACUGAUGGUGGCACCGCCUUCAAUAGAGAACUACUGGUUUCAUCAAUAGCCACUUCAAACAUGGAAAAUUGAAUAUUGUCAGCUUUUGCUUCAGGAU